GAUAGAGAGAAAGAAAAAUGUGGCUAUAUAUAUAAUAUUAUCUCUCUAUAUAUUAAUAAUAAUGAGAAGUUUUGUUUUUCUUAGUGUAUACUUUCAUCAUCAAUUGAGAAUGAAGAGUUUUGGGAUGCUAGCUUCUUUUACUAUCUUCCAAUAUUUUCUUCCAUUAGUUUGCUGCAUUUCAUAUGAUGAUACCAUUCACAACAAGAGCCUCAAAAACAACUCUCAUGAGUUGAGUCCUAGAAUGAUAUCUCAUAUUAGAGUUCAUGGAAUUCUUCUAUGGAUUUCAAUGGGAUUUUUAAUGCCAAUUGGAAUACUAUUAAUAAGAAUUUCAAGUGGAGAAGAAAGUGGAUCCACUCGAGCCAAAGUUUUCUUCUAUCUUCAUCUUAUUUUUCAGAUGUUGUCAGUGAUACUUGCUACAGCUGGAGCAGUAAUGUCUUUAAGAAACUUUGAGAAUUUAUUUAACAAUAAUCAUCAGAAAAUAGGUCUUCUUCUCUACAUUGCCAUUUGGAUCCAAGCCAUGAUAGGCUUUCUAAGACCUCAUAGGGGAAAGAGAGGAAGAAAGGUAUGGUACAUAAUGCAUUGGAUAUUUGGGAGUUUGAUAUCAUUAUUUGGGAUUAUAAACAUCUACACUGGAUUAGAGGGUUACUAUAAAAGAACAUCAAAAAGUUCAUCAACACUUUGGACUAUCCUUUUCACAACACAAGUCUCUCUUAUUGCUUUCCUUUAUCUCUACCAAGACAAAAAACAACACUUGGAAAAGCAAGGACUUACUCUUCCCAACCUUGAACUUGCUCAUGUCUCUCCUCAUCCUCAUAAUAAUAAUAAUAAUAAUAUUAAGGAGCUCUUACCUCAACCAUGUGGCAAGAAAAAUGCUCUCAUGAACUUGUUUGACUAGAAUUAAUUAUGAUAUAUAUAUUCUAUAUGGAUAUUUAUAUGGUAAUGACUAUUGUUUUAUUUCUAUGGUAUGGAUGUUUUUAUAGCCAUAGAUAAUAGAUCAAAUGGUAAUAAAUAAAUAAGUGUAUGAUAAUAGUUAAUAUUUGGGUUGUAUCAUCAUAUU